CAAAGUCGCCGUAUUUUGCGUCUUCAAUAAAACGGUCACACUGUUACGCUCUCUAAAUUCCAAGCGGCUGUGCGUUUCGUGCGCAACACGAUUAAAUUGGUUUUGUGUUAUUAUGUUAACUUUUGCAAAUAUUUCCCAGCUUUGUCGCAUUUGCCUGCGCCACUUGCGCCAGAUUAACGAGCAACAACAGCAAAAUGCCACUGCCGACAGCCAUCACACUCAGCGGAAUAAAGCCAGUUACAACUUGAAGGCGCUACCCAAUUUGGCCAAAAUGUUGAAUCAGUUUUUUGCCAUUGACGUAUUUCAGCAACCGGACACCUUUCCUCAGAACAUUUGCGCAUUGUGCUACAAUGCCGUGGAAUAUUUCCAGCAACUCUGCUGCGUCGCCGAGCAAAGCAACGAGAUGCUGAUGCGCCUGACCAUAUCCCUGACCGUCGACCAGCCGGAACGUCCGGUCACAGAUGAUAAUGCUGCUGAAAAUGCUGAUCACUCGUUGCCGUUCGUGAAAGCUGAGCCCACGGAUGACGAAACGCAACGUGAUCAAGUAUACGAUUACGAGCUAGAUAAAGACGCAGGGGCAGACGCUGACGUUGAUGCAGACGCAGCCGUAGAUGCUAAUAAUCAGAGCCUGGACUCGACAAAUGAUGAUGAGACCGUCAUGAGCUGUGCAGAGACAGACGCUGCAGCUGCGGCUGCGGCUGCCAGCAAACGCAAGCUACUCGCCUGCCAGCAGUGCGGCAAGCAGGUGUACAAGCUACCCUAUCUGGAGGCUCACAUACGCAGCGUUCACGAGGGCCAUCCGAAACCGUUCCUGUGCCGCAACUGUGACAAAGCAUUCACACGCUACGAACAGCUGCGUUCGCAUAUGCGCAAUGUGCAUCCCGGUGCUGCGGCCGCCACCGCAGCGCCCAGCGACGAAGUGGAGCUGAUCUGCGAGCAGUGCAAUCGCAGAUAUAGCACCAAAAAUGCGCUUGGCGAGCAUCUGAAGCGACAUGCACAGGAUAGGCCGCAUAUUUGCGAGCACUGUGGCGUCGCGAAGGUAACACGCACCGAACUGCUCACCCAUCUGCGUAUCCACAAUCCCGACUGGGAGAAGUUCAAGUGCAAGCAAUGUCCGCAGCUGUUCCGGCACAAAAGCGCCAUCAGCCGGCACGUCCGGGUCGUCCACGAGGGGCAGCGGCGAUUCCAGUGCGGUCACUGCCAGAAACGAUUCGGUACUCAUGCCUCUCAGCUGCGACACGAGCGCCUGCACAUUGACACGUUUUAAUCAAUCUUGGCUAACUAUAUAUAUUUGCCAAUGCAAAUUUAUAUACAUGUAUUUAUUCCAAUUGCUUAUAUAUAUUCCAAAAAUUAUUUUUACUUCUCUAUUUGUUACAACUAUUAUAUAUCAUAUCGAGCAUAUUGACAUACGUACACACACAAAGUUGAGUUAGCAAAACAAACUAAUGUUAUUAUAUUUUUUUAGUUAAUACAAUCAUUGUUUUCCCAUAUAAAAGCACAAUAUAUUCCAUUACCAUUGCCAAAAAAAGUAAGAUUAAAAGUAAAAGAGAAAACUUAUAAAAACUAAAUUAAAUUACAUACCUCUUUUGUUCAGACGGAAGUACAAAAACAAAA